AUGUUUAACGGUGUAGGGCUUACCACGCCGAGAGGCAGUGGAACGAAUGGAUACGUCCAAAAAAGCCUCGCGACUCUGCGGCCCGUCAGGAUCGCCAAAGGGCAUGACCAGCAAGGGGUUAUCACGCGCCCAAAGCUGCGUACAAACCCCGAAAUCGCACUACAUGAAAAACUUAGGGCGCUGGAAGUCAAACUCUUGGAGUUGCGCGUACUGAAGGAAGGUCAGAUGAGCACGGAAGAAUUGGACAAGUUGAUAGCAAAUGAGAGGCAGCGGCUCAUGAAGCUGCUGGAGCAGGAUAGUAUGGUUUACGAUCGCCGAGAAAACGACAGCAACCAACUAGCGGAGGAUAAGGCGCGGCGCAAUCAGAAGAUGAAGGAAGCGCUGAAAAUAAAGGACACUGACCAUGGAGCGAAACCAAGGGAUGUAGAGGCGGAAGACCAAGGCACAUCACUAGGCGAACGGGAUGAAAUUGACCAAAGAGCCCAUCUCACAGUGCGCAUAGUAGGGACGUGGAAAGGAGCGCAUCGCGAUCAGGCACGCCAUAUAGCGAACGUCGACACGUCAAAAAGUACAAACGUUCAAGCAGGUCUUACUCCGCCGACAGCGAUGUGUCCCGCGGCUCUCACUCAACACGUCGACAAAGAUACAGACGCUUACGCAGCGUUUCCAACUCAAGACCGAGUUCACACGGCAGUUCGUCCAGCGAACGCGACACCGAUAGAUCCGCCGACAGAAGCACCGAACGAGACAGAAUGCGGCGCAGGGAACGUUCACGUCGCCAUAGGAGCCCAAGCCGUAGUUACAGGAAAAGAAGGGGUUCAGGGCAUAAAUCUUACCGCAGCACUAGCCGUAGUGUGUCUAGCAGGCCAUCGCCCAGUAGAUCGCACAGCGAUGCCUCACACGACAGCUCGGUAUCGCGCAGUCAUACGCCGCAACAUCGCAAAGGUGACCGUGGCAGGAGUAAAAGGGAUAGGAAUGCUAUCUCAACGCGGGACAAAACAAUACAUAAGGAUCGUAGCCGAUCACGAUCAAACAGAGCUCGCUCUAGAAGUUACCAAAUCGAACGCAGACGCAGCCACUCAAGCGGAUACAGAAGACCGAUAUAGCUCAAGAAAAUGCCGCAGAAGCAGCUCAUCAUCAGUUAGCUCGUCACCGUCGCCGCAUGAAACAAGACGAGCAGAGCUGAGGCAUCGUGACUCAAGGAAGUCUAAGAGCUCUUCCCGGAGCAGGAGCAGGACGCACGACAGACAUUCCAGGUCGCUUAGCCGUGCCCCUGGUAACUACGAACGCAAUGACGGCGGUAGCGCCACCGAUAGCAGCAUGGAGCACAGUGACGGCUAA